AUGUCUAGUACAACAAUUAUUAUUUGUGUCAUUUUAGCUAUCAUUAUUAUUUUAAUAGAAAGUUGGUGUCAUAAGGCAGUUAAAAAACAAUUAAAAAUAAGAGAUCCAGUAUUAUUUUUAUUUGCACAUGCAGAUGAUGAUGCUAUGUUUUUUAUACCAACAAUAGAAUAUUUAAAACAAAAUCUCAUACCAUUUGGGAUGUUUUUAUUUUCAUCAAAUCCUAUCAGAAAGAAAGAAUUUGAAAAUGCUGCUAAGUUUCAUAAAUGUGAAAAUAUUACAAUAUGUGAUCCAACAAAAUAUCCUGAUGGCUUUGAAUAUCAUUGGGAUAUAAUGGAAAUGGCUAAAGAUGUUGCUGAAUUAAUUCAAAAAGAAAAUAUACAAACAAUUAUUACUUUUGAUAAAAAAGGAGUUAGUGGACAUCCAAAUCAUAUAAACAUUAAUGCAGCAUUACCAAUGAUUCAUACUUUUUGUCCACAUGUUUCUAUUUACACAUUAAAAUCAAAGAAUAUAAUAAGAAAAUAUUCACAUACUAUUGAUUGUAUUUGUUCUUUCUUUGAAAAAGAUGAUGAACGUACACUCUUUACUGUUCUUGAUUCAAACGAAUAUGCUACAUCUUCUAUGAAAUUAUAUCCAUCACAAUUUGUAUGGUUUAGACAUAUUUAUUUAGCAUUUUCAACAUAUACUAAAUUAAAUCAAUUAGUUGAAUAUUACUAA